CCGAGGCACCGGCUGGAGGGACAGAAGCGAGACAGACGAACACAAACAGUGGAAAACGAUAAACUCCUCUUAACAUGGAGCGAAAAGUAGCUCGAGAAUUUCGUCAUAAGGUGGAGUUGCUGAUUGAUAAUGAAGCAGAGAAGGAUUACCUAUAUGAUGUUCUGCGCAUGUAUCAUCAGUCUAUGGACCUGCCUGUUCUGGUGGGGGACCUUAAACUGGUGAUCAAUGAACCGAACCGUCUGCCUCUGUUUGAUGCCAUUCGGCCUCUCAUUCCUCUCAGACACCAGGUGGAAUAUGACCAGCUUACACCCAAGAGAUCCAGCAGGAAGCUCAAGGAGGUGCGUCUAGACCGCACUCACCCUGAGGGCCUGGGCCUGAGUGUACGAGGUGGACUGGAGUUCGGCUGUGGACUCUUCAUCUCACAGAUCGUAAAGGAUGGACAGGCUGGGAACGUGGGUUUGCAGGUGGGGGAUGAGAUUGUGCGUAUCAACGGCUAUUCCAUCUCCUCUUGCAUUCAUGAGGAGGUCAUCAAUCUUAUCAAGACCAAGAAAACCGUAUCACUUAAAGUCAGACAUGUGGGAAUGAUCCCAGUAAAGAGUUCCUCUGAUGAACCUCUAAAGUGGCAGUUUGUGGAUCAGUUUGUGUCUGAAUCAGGGGAGAAGAAGAACAGUGUUGCUGGCAUGGCCUCUCUAGGAGGAAAAGAGAUUAAGGAGAAAAAGGUGUUCCUCAGUCUGGUUGGCACCAAAGGCAUGGGUAUCAGCAUCUCAAGUGGUCCCACCCAGAAGCCAGGCAUCUAUAUCAGCAAUGUAAAGCCUGGCUCUCUGUCAGCAGAAGUGGGUUUACAGGUAGGUGACCAGAUUGUGGAGGUCAAUGGGGUGGAUUUCACUAACGUGGACCACAAGGAGGCAGUUCGAGUGUUGAAGAGCAGCAGGAGUCUAACUAUCACUGUUCUCACAGGAGCUGGUAGUGAGUUGUUUAUGACAGAUGAAGAGAAGUUGGCAGUGGAAGCUCGGCGGGAGCUGGAGCGUCAGGAGCUCAUGCACCAGAAGAAAGUGGCCCUGGAGACCAACAAGAUCGUCAAAGAGCAGCAAGAGAAAGAGCGCAUGAGAAAGAUGGAGAAUUCCCAGAAGGUUGCAGAGGAAGAGGAGCGAUACAGAAAAGAGAUGGAAAUGAUCGAAGCUACAGAGAGGAAGCACAACAGAGAGUGGGAGGAAGACUGGGGAUCCCGAGAGAAGUCCAAAAGCCCGUCUCCUGCUCCUUCUCCUUCACCCCCGUCCCACUCCCCACCUCCUCCCAAACCCAGGAGCUCUGCUGCUGAGGCUGAUACUUUUGAGGAAGAAGAGGAAGAAGGCAGAGAACUCUCAACUGGUUUUACCGCUAUGAAGGAAAGUUGCCUACACUCAGAAAGAAAGGAAAAGAGACAAAAAAGAAAAAGAAGAAGAUGUCCAAGACAGACACGCUCCCAGCAGAGCGAAAGAACAAGAAAGAGAUGGAGUUUGAGCUGAAGUUGGCCAAGGAGAAGGAGGAGAUACUUGAGCGAGAGAAACAGAUGAAAAUCAGUCGGCUCCUGCAAGAGGUACAAUGUUCAGAAGUGUGCUUUUGCAGCGUGAUUAUGUGUGCAUUGGCCAUGCUAUGGAAGUGCACCUUAGUAUUGGUUAAAAGCAGCACUGUCUUUUGUCCUGAAUGUCAUUGUAUGAAGAGAAGCCUUCAGCUAAAAGUCUGCAGGUUUGUUUGAGGGAGUAGCAGUGUUUCUCAGAAUGGCGGGUCUGAUGUGGGCAGGUAUCUGAGACAGAGCGAGAGGAUCUGGAGGAAUCGGAGAAGGUGCAGUACUGGGUGGAGAAGCUCUGCCAGACUCGACUGGAGCAGAUCUCUUCAGUGGAGAACGAUUCUACUGAGGUAUAAGCUCAUGGGUUCCUCCUAAAGCUCAGGCUGAAUACAGAGUGAGAUCCAGUUCACUGAGUAUUUUCAUUUGUAUGCAAAUGUUGUGUGAAACACACAUUUGGAGUUGUUUGUGUGUCACUGAUGUAAGUGUGGAUUAUGUUGACUGCUUACGGAGACUGAGUAUGUUAAAGCAAUGGUUCUGUGAAAAAUAAAAUUUACACAAUUUUCCCCUUUCCCGAAAUGUAGUUGAUCAGUCAAGACAUGUUUAGUUUUGUUGCUGGAGCCACGAGGCUGCUCUAAGUAGCAAAUUAUGGAAGCUUGUAGCGAGCAAUUAACAUUGUGCAGAUCGCAUACCUCAAUCAUGAUGUCUGCCAAAAAAGCCAGAUCUCAAUGGACUUACUCACAUGAUUUCAGUCAGUGUAUCACCGUUAUCUAAACACAGACAGUUCCAUGACUUAAAACAGUUGUAGUAGCCAUCUAGAAGCCAGUACUCUUAUCUUUUUUAUUUCUUAUCUUUUACCUUUUAACAUCAGAUUCCUAACAUGUCUUAUUAAUUAGAUUUUUUGCUUAACAGUCUUGUUAAGUUAGGGCUCUCUGUG